AUGGCUUCUGUUGUCGCAAUCGGCGUCGGUGUCGCAGCCGCAGCGUUCCUGGGACGAGCCGGACUCGUAGCGAUGCGCAAAUACCGCGGGGGCGCCGGAGCCGUCGGAGCGCUGGGGAAGGCAUACUAUAAAGGCGGGUUCGAGCCUAAGAUGAACCGCAAGGAGGCGUCGCUGAUUCUGCAGCUGAGCGAGCGCACCCUCACGAAGGAUAAGAUCAGGAAGAACCACCGCACGCUUAUGAUGUUGAAUCACCCCGAUCGGGGGGGGAGCCCGUACCUGGCUACGAAGGUUAAUGAGGCGAAGGAGUUUUUGGAGAAGACGUCGUGAGCGGCCUGGGCGGAGGGGUGGCUUGUACUACUAUAUUGAAGCAUCAGCGAGGCGUUUUUGUUCUGUUACUGUAUUGUACGAUUUUGGGAGCCGUCGGGUUAGAUGGAUGUAUAAAAACUCUCCUCAUAUCAUGGUACUAUCAAUGUAAAGAGUAGUCCGAGGUUGGAACACAAGACAGGAGUGGCAUUAUGUAUAAAAUAUUUAGGGAUCUUGUUAUUAAUG